CAAAAAAAAAAAAAGAGAGAGAGAUAGAUUGCAUUAUAACGAUGGGUUGUAAAUCAACUGUAUAUGGCAUUAACAUCACUAUGAACUGAAACCGUGAGGGCCUGUACUUCUGGUCAAUUCCAAGUGAAUCACAUCGGUGUAAAUUUUGGAGGCCCGAAAUCGUCAAACUGUGUCUCUCAAUCCAGGAAAGAGCCCGUGAUGGUUCCUUAAAUCCGUAACCUUGUGCUGAAUUCAACGCUCCUUCCAAUCCUUCUCUACCAUCCCCUAUUCCAAUUCCUUGUUUCCUUCCGGUCAAAUCCAUUCCCCAAACCAGUACAUACACUCAAUUCAGAGAUCGAACACAAGAAAAUUCCCAAAGAGGCUUUCUUUGAGACCACAAAAGCCUGAAAUUUAACAGCAGGAAACAUGGAGACCUCUUCUGGUGAAUCCAAACUUGCCAACGCCAGGACAAUCGUAUCUGCUGCUGCAUCUUUUGCUGCCACGGUGAUGUUGGUUCGGUCAAUAGCACAAGAAUUCUUGCCAUAUGAUAUCAAAGAUUAUGUCUUCUUCGGCAUUCGAAAGAUCUGCAACCGUUUCUCGUCAACUGCCACCAUGGUCGUCGACGAAUUCAAUGGCCUUGUUUACAACCAAGUCUACGAGGCUGCAGAGAUCUACUUAGGCAGCAAAAUAUCCCCCUCUUCACAAAGAUUCAAAGUGAGCAAGCCUGAGAAAGAAAAGGAGUUCAUUGUCACCAUGGAACGUAAUGAAGAAGUGGUUGACAUCUACAAUGGUAUCAAAUUCAACUGGGUUUUGGUCUGCAAACAAGUAGAAUCAACGAGACAUUUUCACAACCCUCGAGAUAUCAACUCCACGUUAAGAUCAGAAGUUCGUUCUUUCGAGCUCAGCUUCUCCAAAAAACACAAAGAAAUGGUACUCAACUCUUACUUGCCCCACAUUGUGAAGGAAGCGAAGUCCCUGAAACAAGAACGGAAGACGAUAAAACUCUUUACCGUUGACUCUGAAAGCAUGUAUGGCAACUUGGGGGAUUCUUGGAGAUCAGUGAAUCUUGAUCACCCUGCAACUUUCGAAACGUUGGCUUUGGACACAAAGCUCAAGGACACAAUCUUGCAAGAUCUUCAGAGGUUCCUGAAGAGGAAAGAUCAUUACAGGAAAGUAGGGAAAGCUUGGAAGAGAGGGUACUUGUUGUACGGUCCACCAGGGACGGGCAAAUCGAGCCUGGUUGCUGCAAUGGCUAAUUACUUGAAUUUUGAUGUUUAUGACUUGGAAUUGACCGAUAUACGGUGCAACUCGGAACUCAGGAAAUUGCUCGUGGCUACUGCAAAUCGGUCCAUAUUGGUGGUAGAGGACAUAGAUUGCACCAUUGAGUUACAAGACCGGAUGGCCGUGGCUCGUGCUUCACGUUUUCAGGAUUAUCCUCCUCAGAAGCAGGUCACGCUGUCAGGAUUGCUCAAUUUCAUUGAUGGGUUGUGGUCAAGCUGUGGAGAUGAGAGAAUUAUUGUGUUCACUACCAACCACAAAGAUAAAUUGGACCCAGCACUGCUGCGUCCAGGGCGCAUGGAUGUGCACAUUCAUAUGUCCUAUUGCACCCCCUCUGCAUUUAGAAUUCUUUCAUCAAAUUACCUUGGAAUUAAAGACCAUGCAUUGUUUGGAGAGAUCGAGGAGGCAAUUAGAACAACGGAAGUGACUCCGGCUGAAGUGGCAGAGCAGCUGCUUCGGAGUGACGAUCUUGAAACUGUGCUCCGAGACCUCAUUGGAUUCCUCAAGGUGAAAAAGAUAGAAAAUGAGGAAGCAAAGGCCAUUAAGAGUCAAGCAGAAUCGCUAACAAAUAAAGAAGCGCAAAGCACAGCCGCUGAAAGAGUGGAACAAAAGGAAAAUGAUGCUGAAAAGGAAACCAGAAAAUUGAACCCCAUUAUAUAAUAAAGGGCGUAGUACAUACCAUGCUAGUAUUUGAGAUAGAUGGUGCUCCUUCCCUUUCCACUCAAUGCUUAUCCCCAUCUCAUUUCUUUGUUAAAGUAAAAUUCCAAUCUCAAGCCCUUCUUACAAGUAUUAAAAGAUUCACAAGUUAAAUUAGUUCAUACCUUUUAACUGAUGCUUUUAUACAGUAUCCUUAAGAAUAAAAGUGUUUUCUUUUUGUCUUU